UGCGUCGGCAACGACGGCGGCGGAGGUAUUGACGCCGAUGACGACAUCUUGGGCCCCCCGCGGCCCUGGCAGGAUGGACGGGCUGGCGCCAGAGCUGGCCUACCCGUCCGCCGAGGAGCUCGCCGAGGCGAUCCGCUCGCGCAUUCCCGGCCCGGACGUCCUCGCCGUCACCCCGGACAAUAUCCUGAGCUAUUGCUGCGGCAAUUGGGCGCUGGUAGAGAAGGACAUCGUCGCGGUGCUGCCGCAGGCGCUGGCGAGGCCCUCGGGGAGGGCGUCCGCUGAGGUGCAGCUCGCCGAGGUGCAGCCCGCCGCUGCUUCGACCGCGCCGACACCGGGGCUGCCGCGGACAGUCCUGGACUUGCUGGGCACGCUGGCGGUGCGAGAGGCGUUCCGCGUUAGGGAGGAGCUCGUGAACUACAAGAAGGUGCUGCUCCACGUGCACCAGCGAGGGCUCGACGUGGAGCGCCGGCUCGCGCAGCUGGCCAGCUUCUUUCACGAGGAGCGUGAGCGCUGCGACGGUGGCUUCUCCAGGCCCUCCGAGCGGCGCGCCAAGAUCACAGACGCCCGGAUGGAGUGCAAAGGCAGGUGCGAGGCCACCUACGACGCCCGCCUGCUCGGCAAGGCGCUCUGCGGCCUGCCGCGCCACCCGUCCAGUGCUGCAGGAGCUGCCCGGCUCGCUGCGCUGCUGGCGGCUCGCAGAGGCUGCGCUGCGGCACGACGCGGAGUGCUCGGCCGAGCUCGCGCCGCUGGCCCUGGCCGGAGACGCACCGAGAGGACGCAGCGGCUCCUCGACGCGCUCCUGGCAUCAGGCGGCCGACGAGGCCCUGGCGGCGCAGCCGUGGCCGCCGCAUGUGCGCGAGUUCGUGCGCAUGGUGCUGCUGUGCCGCGGCGCGGACAAGGCCUGGCGCGUGAGGGACGAGCUGCGGACGGCGCAGCGGGGACUGGAGGCCCGGUCCCGAAGCUCCCGAUCCGCCUGGCCUCAGGGCCCAAUCUCUGAGGCUGGAGUUGAGACACGACCACCGCCUGGAGGACCCAUCUUCGGGGGCCUCUAGAGGCGGUGGGCAGCCAUGGACAUGCUCGGCCCCCAGGGGGCCAGAAUAGAUCCGCAUCCACCGCCCGCUGGGGCACCA